UCCCUGCGUGCGUCUAUCCGAGAACGGUUGUCGGCGCCGUACGCGGCCGAUGUUGUUUGCCGACACACGGAAGGUGGUGGGAGGCAAGGCGGCAGCACAGGACAGCCGCCGCAAUCGUCGCUAAGCCUACUUUGAUGAUCGGAGCGUGGUCUCCGCGUUAAUUGCUCGCCGGUUGCCUAAAUUUGCGCUUCUCCCAAGCAGCCUUGGUGUGCAGCUUGCCGUUGAGGCCCGCCUCUACGGUGACACGGCUUGGGAGAAGUUGGAAAGCGGCGUGCUGUUCCGAUAACGGCCCCCUUCCCAUCUAGGUGGCCGCUCAUCGACGGGGCGUCACCACUGACCGGAUAUAAGCCGAGGACGCCAGUGACCUGCCGCUGCGUCGGACUGCGGAUUUACAGCAUCAUAUCUUGUCGGGCCGGGGGUUAAACUGCCGCUGCUAGGCUGGCUUGGUCCGGCGGGGUCACGAUGAUGGAAGCGCCGCUGGCGCCGCAGCAACGUGCCCCGCUCGGAAUGCACCCCGGAGGCAUGAGCAUGGCCCCCUUCGGCAUGGAGCCCAUCGUUGCCGACCCGGAGCCGUCCAUCGUCAAGGAAGGCUGGCUCAACAAACGAGGGGAACACAUCAAGAACUGGCGAAAGCGCUACUUUGUGCUACGUGAGGAUGGCACAUUGAUUGGGUUCAAGCUUAAGCCUGAGCAUAGCCACGCUGACCCUCUGAACAACUUUACUGUAAAAGGCUGCCAACUGAUGAAGUCUGAGCGACCAAAGCCAUUCACCUUCAUCAUACGUGGCCUGCAGUGGACGACGGUCAUUGAGCGCAUGUUCUGCGUCGACUCUGAGGAUGACCGGGAGGGUUGGUGCCGGGCCAUCCAGCAGGUGUCCGAGAAGUUGGCGAGCGAGGAGGACGUUGAGAUGGCCGAGCCCAAGGACGAGCAGUCCCUGCGUGACAAGUUCAGCAUCUCCACCCGCACAUACGCAACAGGCAACCGACUUAGCCUGGACAACUUUGAGUUCCUCAAAGUGCUCGGCAAGGGCACCUUUGGCAAGGUAGUGCUGUGUCGUGAGAAAUCCACGGAGUCCCUGUAUGCGAUCAAGAUUCUCAAGAAGAAGGUUGUCAUUGACAAGGAUGAGGUGGCACAUACGCUGACCGAGAACCGGGUGCUGCGCAGCACCAAGCACCCGUUCCUCAUCUCUCUGCGCUACUCCUUCCAGACGGCUGACCGCCUCUGCUUCGUCAUGGAAUAUGUCAACGGUGGCGAGCUCUUUUUCCACCUGUCACGCGACCGUGUAUUCACUGAGGAGCGCACCCGCUUCUACUCGGCCGAGAUCCUGCUCGCCCUUGAAUACCUACACAGCCAGGGCAUUAUCUACCGGGACCUGAAGCUGGAAAACCUCUUGCUGGACAGGGAGGGCCACGUCAAGAUUGCGGACUUUGGCCUCUGCAAAGAGGACAUCUCAUUUGGGUCCACAACCAAGACCUUCUGUGGCACGCCCGAGUAUCUGGCGCCCGAGGUUUUAGAGGACACUGACUAUGGCCGGGCCGUGGACUGGUGGGGCCUGGGUGUCGUCAUGUACGAGAUGAUGUGUGGCCGCCUACCCUUCUACAGCCGAGACCAUGAUGUGCUGUUUGAACUCAUCCUCGUUGAAGAAGUCAAGUACCCCAAGAGCAUGAGCCCCGAGGCACGGAACCUGCUUUCGGGACUGCUCGUCAAGAACCCGAGGCACCGGCUGGGUGGCUCAGUCAACGAUGCCGCUGACAUCAAGGUGCACCCGUUCUUCCGCUCCGUCAACUGGGACGACGUGGCCCAGAAGAAGGUGACGCCGCCCUUCAAGCCGCUAGUAACCUCUGACACGGAUACGCGCUACUUCGACCAGGAAUUCACGGGCGAAACGGUGGAGCUGACACCGCCUGAGGAAGGCCCCCUGAACUCCAUAUCCGAGGAGUUUGAGCAGCCCUAUUUCCAGCAGUUCUCGUACCACGGCAGCUCUGGUGCCCUGUGCGGGGGGGGCCGCGGCUACUCGGCGGGAGAUCGAAAGGCCAUCCUCUCCUGAGCGGAAGAGGUCAUUGUGGAACUUCUGUCUUUCUCUCUCUCUCUUUCAUGAACAGUGCACACACAGCUGAGGCGGAACACGACAUCCAGAUAACACAGUGAACUUGCAUCGGCCGCAGUGAAAUGGAACACACGAGCCACUCAAGGGUAAAAUGUGUUCUGUCAUCCGUCAGAAGUUACCCCUACAACCCUGUUUAUUGCAGAUGGUCCUGUAUAGAGUUGAAUGGUUUGAGAUUGCAAAAGCAAUUGUUUGACCCAGCACGUCAUCUUUGAGUGUGCUCUGCCCUUUUCGGAUUUUUCAGGAGAGCUUUUGCUUAAAAUGGUCGGCACUUACACAUGUUCUUAAAGGACACUGUAAAAUAUUUGUCACGUUUAGUAUCUGCAUUCACUCUGGAAAGGUGCAAUGAACCAUGACGUUCAACCAAAAUGUUGGUGGGCAGUUUGCUACAAAAGCGUGCUAUGAGCUUAUGCUAUUUCAGUGCUGAGCAACGCAUUGCAGGAAUUGUCAGUUCCAUGUUACAGUACAGUUAACUCUCAAUGCUACGAAUAUCUUGGGGCAUCAUAAAGGAUUUUUAUUAUCUGAAAUUCAUAGUAUUGAUAAGUGUUCACAGCACGUAAGUGACAUUAAGACAUUCUUGUUUAUUACGUUUGGGACUAUUUCCAGUUGAAGAUGUUCUUGAUGACCUUACUGACCUUCAUUCCCUUAGUGUUGUGUCAAGUAGGCACUCCCAGACUGCGCAAAACUUUGCACUUGUUUCUUCGCCUACCUAUCCAGGGCUCAGUGCGUGUCACAGUGAGUGCUUUGCAACUACAAAGUUCUUGGCCAGGAUCAUGAGAGGCCCAGUAUGUGAUAUGCCACUUUGCUGCUAUGCACCACAGCCAUACUCUUCCUACUGUGAAAGGUUUUGUGGCUACUCACAAAUUCGUACUACUCGUUACAGCCCAGUAUAGCGUUCAAGUCAUCCCAAAACAGAAUGCAUCAUACUUAAUUUUUUGUAGGACUACUUAGGUAUUCAUAGCACCGUGAAAUUCUAGUAAACUGUGAUCGUAUUAUCGAGAUUCCACUGUAUUGUUAACUUUUAUGUAAGAACUUUGUUGUUCUGUGUUACAAGCUAGCUUAUACAGACUGCAAAGUAAUGGCAUGCCUUUGGUACUUGCACUGCGGACCUGCGUUAAAUCCUGGCAUUUUCUGCAAGUUCACAAGCCUACGGCCAUGUAACCUUGCUGAUGAUGGCGGUUUGUCACAUCUGUGGGGGUGAAGGUGUCAAGUGCGUGAUCUUGCACAGUACGUAAAAUUACGCUAGUGCGCUUGUCCACACACAUCGUCUGACAUAACCAGAAUAGCAGUCCCUGGACUAGAAUCAUAAGUUGUCAACAUGCAGGUUAGUGACAUCUUGCUGCCCUGUGUUCCUCACUGUUCAAGCUCUCAAAACACGCCUCAGCUUUAACAGUGCUACGAGUAGCAAUGCGGCCAUCUUCAUUAGGGCAAGUUAGGAGUGUGGAAUAGCCUGCUUACAGAAAUUUGUAUUGCAGGUUGCGGGCAUUUUGCAGGUAUGUGUGCUGCAAGAGAAAUUUAGAAAUAGCAACUCGAGUGGCUUGCUUAUACAAAGGGACUUUGGUGUAGGCACGAAAAAAAAAAAAUUACAUCACUUGUGCAUGGAACCCAAAAUCCGUUGUGCAAAUGACGAUGUAGUGCACAAACAUUGGGCCCUUACUGUCUAGAGCGUUCCCAAGAAUUUGUGUUGAAGCCAUGUUGGGGCCUUUGUGGUGCACAGUUUCACUCGACCCCGUCUAGGGGGGAUUGUAGUUGUGCUGCAGUCUGAAACAGGUGCCGCGUUUUCCCUCAGCUGCUGUAGCAAAUCCUGUGCUGUGGACAGACUCGCAUUUCUGCCCAAACAGUUGGCACUGAAGCUGCCGAUAUGCAGUGGAACCAACCAAGUUGCCCUUCCGCUUGACUCCUGGGAAGAACGGAAUGCAACGUGUACAUAAUGUAAGGCCUGAGGUGGGGCUAAUAAAAUGCUUCACGGAGA